CUUUGACUCCACUUGUAGGUGCCCUCGCUGGGCUCCUGUGCACUGCCCCACACCCUGCUCUGUCACCAGCCCCAUUGUGAUGUCAUAAGAGCCCAGCUGCCCACCCACAGACUAGUGGGUGACUCAGGAGUACCCUCUCCAUUUCUUACUCUGACUUUUGUCCGAGCGCAUCUUGUAUGCUAUGGGAAAUUCCCUAAGCAAAUUGUUUUCCUUUAUCUGCCACAGGGUCUGGCAGCGGUGGCAACCACGACGGUCUCCUCUUGUCCAUGCGGACUUUUCGGCUGGCCGGCUUCACCCCGCAGCUCCUGUGCAUGUGCCUGCCCCGCGAGCCCUACAAGGUUCCCGAUUCCUCUUGUUCCCUCCGCGAGGUCUUGGGCCUUAUUUUCCAUCGAGCUCCAAUUUCACCAGGAACUCGAGCGCCCUACUGCGGGACCUGCCUCCUCUUGCCUGGAGCCCGCCCUCAAGGAAGAAACCCGUGCUACGCCACUUCGCACGCGAGGGACCCGUGAAGAUCCCUCCUCCAAGCCUAACGUUUCCACUCCGACUGCCUCCCCUGCAAGUGCCGGCCCCGAUCCUGAAGACCGCGGUGAGAGCAGAAGAUGGUGAAGAACCCAUGGAGGUGGACAAUCAAGUAGAGAUCCUGAAGACGGCGGUGAGAGCAGAAGAGGGUGAAGAACCGAUGGAGGUGGACGAUCAGGGCCUUGGAGUGCCCAGCGCACCCACCCCUGCAGGAGGCGUCCUUCCCUUUGGGAAGCCUGACCCAGCUCCAGCAGCGCUCCCUGGCCCAGUUCCCGGCUGCUCCCAUUGGCCAGACAAGGCGGCCUCUCUGGUACUGGGGAAAGACCACCAGCCCAGCUCCUCAGCCAAGCCGAUGGAGUGGGAGGCGACCCAGCACAAGGAUCCUCCAGCUGUUGCCACAAAGGGUCCUUCUAAACCAAGGGCUGCCAGCCGCAGUUCGCGACAACCAAAAUGGUUAGUGCAACCCCAGCAGCUGCGACUGGUCCCUCCGCAGCAAUGGAGGUGGGGGAGAAACGAGGGGCCCCCACCCGUUAAACGUCCCCGCCGAUCCGUGAAAGGAUUCAUGGACACCGGCAAGUCAAGUCGAACAACAUCAUCCAGGAGACUGAAAAAGAAACAUGGGAAGAAAUUACAGUAAACUGCAAUGCCAGCCCGCCUGCCCCAAUGUCUCCCCACCUGCUCUCCCUGCCCCAGGCCACCUACCUGUCACAGAUCCCAACUCCUCCUACCUCUGACUUUAGCCAUGUGGCUGCUGGGCCCCUCAUCCUGCCCGCCCCUUAGCUUUUGACCACACCAAGAAUUGAGUAAAAAUUGAUAUCUAUGGCUAGGCACAGUGGCUCACGCCUGUAAUCCCAGCACUUUGGGAGGCCCAGGCGAGUGGAUCACCUGAGGUCAGGAGUUCAAGAUCAGCGGACCAACAGGAAGAAACCGGUUGCAUCUGUACUAAAAAUACAAAAUUAGGGCCGGGCACGGUGGCUCACGCCUGCCAUCCCAGCACUUUGGGAGGCCAAGGCGGGUGGAUCACGAGGUCAAGAGAUCGAGACCAUCCUGAUCAACAUGGUGAAACCCCCGUCUCUACUAAAAAUACAAAAAAUUAGCUGGGCAUGGUGGCGCGUGCCUGUAAUCCCAGCUACUCGGGAGGCUGAGGCGGGAGAAUCACUAGAACCCAGUAGGCACAGCUUGCGGUGACCUGAGAUCGCACCUUUGCACACCAGCCUGGGCAAGAGAACAAAAUUCCAUAUAGAUAUAAAGAAUGUUUGCAUGUAGAUAUCUUGCAACAAUAAAACGUGAAGAAACUUGCAGAUCAACAAAUGUAGGGACCUCAUAAAAGUCAAAUGACAAUUUUAAUGUAUUGGAAGAAAGGCAGAACAGUCACUCCCCUCCACCGUGAGAAAGUGGCACUUCCUGCCCACCUGCAGAUUAUCCUGAGAUCUGUGGCAGCAUGCUUUGUAGUAACUGGAUGCUUCCAUCACUCAUCCCUAAAGUUACACAGAGGCUCUUUCUACAUCCUUUGGCUUGGAGCAGCACUGAGGCCGCCCUGAUGAGUAAAUGCGAAAAACCAGUGGCUCCGGAAAUGGUGUAACCCAUCUGACAUACUCAAGAUAGGUCAAACAUCCCACUGGAAAAUGGAAAUGUGCGGUGAAUGCCAUUGGGCAGAGUGUCAUCGACAAGCACUGGCUUAGGUGCCCGAGCUUUGUGAUUUGCCACCUGUGUGCCUCAGGGCAGCCAACUGACCCCUCAAGGCGGCAGCAAAACAGUGGUUAUAAACACCCCAGCAGCUGCUGUGUGCAUUAAAUGAGGCCUCAUUGAAAACAUAUUUUUCGUAGUUUCUGGCCUAGUGCUCUAUAAAUAUCACUAUAUGUAUUA